GAAAACAAUAACUUUGGGUGAAAGCCUAAAUUGACGCAGCCUAUCUGCUCUGCUUCCUCUAUAUAAACCCUCCUCUCAUCUCUCUUCCUUCUCAUCUAUCCUGCAAAGCAUUUUGAAAUCUGUCAAGAGAGAUAGGACGACCAAGUUUGUUCGAUCUCGUUGCCGCAAAAAGGUAACAGCAGUCAUCAGAUCAAGAACCUGAGAAACUUCUCUUUUGCGCUGUUUUUCUUCUUCUCCAAAACUCGUAAAACCUAUAAACCACAAUGGCUCGUUCUCUCGCUAACGCUAAGAUCCAAUCCGUCUUCGGCUCCGAAAAGCUCUCGAACGCCGUUUUCAGACGAGGGUUUGCCGCCGCAGCCAAAACGGCGUUAGAUGGAAGCGUUUCGACCGCGGAGAUGAAGAAGAGAGCUGGGGAAGCUUCAAGCGAGAAGGCACCAUGGGUUCCAGAUCCUAAAACCGGUUAUUACAGACCGGAAACCGUUUCUGAGGAGAUUGACCCGGCUGAGCUACGAGCUAUUCUCUUGAACAACAAGCAAUAAAUUUAUUAAAAACCGUAUUUUUAUUCAUCAAUGUUGUUUAAUGAGGAGAUUAGCAAAAUGGGUUAUUAUGAUCUUUUGUGGUGAAUCCCAUCUUAUUCCGUUACCAUUUCUGUAAUAAUCGUUUGAUCUUAUUAUUUUGAUCUUAUUAUUUAUGAAGUUUUAAAGGCUUCCAUCUUCCCAUUAACAAAGAUUUGCUAUGACUCAAAGUGAUGACAAAAAAAAUACUUUAAAAAAAUUCAAUUGGUAUAAAUAUUAUUUUGACGAAACUACAAAGAAA